GGAAAAAAAGAAUAGAAGAUGCCCCGUGGCUCUGUGUGAAACUACAAGAACUGAAGCCUCGAAGUGAAGGAAACUGGAGGAAACGGAGCUGCACAGCCUGGCAGAUCUACUGUCGUCUGUGUUUGAAAGCUGAAUAGGAUUAGCCAUUGUUCUGCAGUGCUUUCCUGCCCAUUGUUGCUUGAUGGAAAGCUUUCCUGUGCACUGAGCUGACCGGCUGCCCUCUGAACCUGCAGUCAUGUCAGCCUGCAGCACCUUCACCGAGCACGUGUGGAAACCAGGCGAGUGCAAGAACUGCUUCAAACCAAAGAGUCUGCACUGCUUAACCCAGAGCGGUGGAGGGAAACCACCUUCUGAACACAGGUCUACGUCAAACCAGCAACACAUCACACCUGCAGCUGGGAGCCGAGCUAACGCUAACCUUACUACAAACAUCCAGAGAGGUGGAAGUGGACCUGCACGCCCAGGACCAGUCCGUCCACCAGUGGCUAGAAAGCCAACCAUUGCUGUAAAGCCCACUAUGAUGCUGCCCUGCUCCUCUGCUGCUCUGGAUUCAGAUGGCAGUUUGCAGCAACAAACACAUAUCAUAGAACAAGGUAAAAACUCAGCCUUCACGGUCUGGAAUCACAACGGACUGAACAGUAAGAGGCCCAGUGGACCCAGCAACAAUAAUGAAGGAGAAGAUGGCAGUGAGGAAAUUGAAGGUUAUGGACAACUGAGCCCAAGGACACCCAGUGGGAAUAAUAAUAGUGGAUUGACUGAUGUCCUGAAGGAGAUUGCUGGUUUGGGUCCUGGCUCCAGCCCCCCACCCUUACCUGGGUCCAAAGACAUGUUUUGGGGGCGAAUCAGUAGCUCCUACCAAAGGUCCUUAGAAAGAGGCCUCCCAGCCUCCAGCUGCCUGGCCAUGGGAACCAGCAGUGGUGCUGCCCAAAAGAGAGUAUCCCUUAGUGACAGUACAAACAUCAUCAGCACAGAAGGUGGACGCUACUGCUACCCAGAAUUUUCCAGUGAAGAUGAUGAAGAUGAGGAGGAAGAGACUGAGAACGAUGAUGAUGAUGAUCAUGAGAGCUGGGAUGAAAGUGAUGAAGAGUUACUGGCCAUGGAGAUUCGUAUGCGAGGCCAGCCUCGAUUUGCACAUUUCCGUGCUGCCACACUGUCUCCUGUACCGUUUGCUGCAGGAAAGAAAUGGAACACUGUGCCGCUUCGCAACCGUUCCCUUCAGAGGAUCUGUGCCGUGGACUACGAUGAUAGCUUUGAUGAAAUCUUGAAUGGCUACCCCUCAGUUGAUUCCAACGGGAGUCUUCUUCCCUAUGGUCCUCGUGACAUCCAAGGCAGCGCUUUCCUGUCAAAUUCAGAGUCUACUACUUCUCCAGAAUCAUCUUCGUCGCUACAAGAAGAUUCUCGAACCACAUCCAGCAGUGGGAGCAGUGCCCAGUUUGCCAUAAAAAAUGGUUUGCAUUCACCCAUAUCUUGCAAGGCACCCAUCCCAUGUGUAUCUCCCUCCAAAAAGGAGCCUGUCAACAGAGUAUCAAGUCCACUCAAAGUGGCUGAAACACACAAAGCUGUCCUGGCCAUAAGAUUGGAAGAACAGGAUGGCAGGGAAGGCAUGCCAAUGCCUCAAGCCCUACCUGGUCAACCAGUAACUAUAAGUUUUAGUCCCACAGAGGAGCAGGCUAAACCAUACCGUGUUGUAAACCUAGAAAAAUCCCUCAUAUGCAAGCCCUACACAGUGGUAGAUGUUUCAGCAUCCAUGGCCAAUAAAGAUGAACAAAUACCAGAUUCUUUGCCAAAACCCAAAAACCUGUCAAAGCCAUCCAGCCCUAUGUCAGUUUGUAGCACUCCUUUAGUCCAGCCUCUAUCUCCAGUGACCCCCAUUUCUCCAUUUUCACCUUUAAGACCAACAUCCCCUUUAUCUGUUGGCCAGGUAGGUUUUCCACGAAAGAAACCAGGUGCUGUACGCUACCAAGAAGUGUGGACAUCGAGUACAAGUCCGCGACAAAAAAUACCUAAAGUGGAUCUAGGAAGCCCUCCUGGUUCCUCUGUCCCUGCUCAGUUCUGUGGUCAUAAGUCAGCUCCCACUUCUCCUGUUGCAGGCUUGUCUUCUUCUCAAACUGUACCUGUAAAAUCCCCCAACUUAUCUGAGAUCAAGUUCAACAGUUUUAAUAAUGCAGGCAUGCCUCCUUUUCCCAUUAUUAUUCGAGAUGAACCAGCAUACGCCCGCAGCUCAAAGAACGCAGUUAAAGUACCAAUUGUUAUCAAUCCAAGUGCGUACGACAAUCUUGCUGUGUACAAGAGCUUCCUGGGACUCCAUGGGGAACAGUCCCAAACAAAAGGAGUGGGUAGCAGGGUUACCAGCCAUACCUAUGAAGAAAUCGGAUCCUCUGAGAGUGUUCAUUCCUCUUCAACAGAGAAAACUCUUUCUGGGAGGGGUGCAUCAGAGCAAACUUCAUUUGAGGACAUGAAAUUUCCUCUUGAACCAAAAGCACCAAGUUUGCUCCCAAAACCCACUGUAGACUCUAGCACUGCAACAAGCACUGUCAUGAGUUCUCCAUCUGGGGCCUUCUCACCAACUACAUCAACAAAUUCCCUGUCUAAUCUAGCCAUUACUGCUAAUCUGACUAAAUCUAGUCCUGUUGGAAAUGUUCUUCCUCACACUUACUGGACAGCUGGAGAUGAUACUUCCUGUAAAGAUGAUGAUGAUAAAAGCUCAACUUUAUCUUCUGGGACAGUUGUAAGUCACAGAGAGGAAGCCAGUGCUGUACUGUCACAGAUUGUAGCCUCUAUCCAACCUCCUCAGUCUCCCCCAGAGUCACCCUCAGCCCAAACCAAAACAGUUAGUUCUGAAGAGUUGUACGCCCUCCCACCUGAUGCCAUGAAGGAGACUCUUAAUCGACCCAAGUCUCUCUUCUCUACCACUGAUGGUUGUCUUUCUAAGCCAAGAAAAGAGAACCUCUCAAAGGUUUUGUCUAAAUCCCAGAGUGCCUCUGCUGCUGUGCCACUUUCCAACCCUCGUUCAGAAACCAGUGCCCCCUACCCUCCCCCAAGAUCCACAUCCUCCCCAUACCAUGCUUCUAACAUCCUUCAAAGGCAUUUUGGUAAUUGGACAAAGAGCUCUGCUUCAAGUUCCCCUGUCCGGCCCAGUGAAGGUGAAGCAAGUCUUGGUGCAGAAGGAAGGCGCACUUCAACAGAAAGCUCCAAACCUAAACGAUGGAUCUCCUUUAGGAGCUUCUUUCGUCGGCGGAAGGAUGAUGAUGAGCAGAAGGAGAAGGUAGAGAAAGACAAGGAGAAGGGUAAACUGCUGGGCCUUGAUGGGACAGUCAUUCACAUUCUUCCACCUCCACCUGUGCAGCCUCAGCAUUGGUUUACAGAGGCCAAACCCCAGGACCCCACUCAGAAGCCUACUAUUAUUUUCACCUACAAACCUGGCACUCAAAGCAACGCUUGUGAUGGAGAAGGAGAGCUACGAGUAGAGCAUUGCAAAGAAAUGGAGCUACCAGCAGCAGAUGGAAGUAAGGACAGCAGAGCAUUGAGCCCAGAGCAAAGCCAGUCCUCAGAAACCACUGGAGGGGACGUCUUCAGCAAAGACCAAAGCCAGGUGCCAGCGAGCAGUGCCAGGAAUCGGGGGGAGCUGCCCACUGUCAUCCCUCUGCCUGCCAAAGUGAAUUUGGGACUGGUGUUUGGGGAGGUGGAGGAUGGCCAUGCCAACCAGGGUGUCAUACCAGUUUCAGCCAGAGAGGGCAGCACCAGCCUGGGAGAGCCAGAGGAGGACGGGAACCAGUCUACCAGCUCCAGCCAGUGCAGCGCCACCUACAGUAACCUGGGACAAUCACGAGCCAAUAUGAUCCCACUGAAGCAGCCUCGGAACAUCAAAUCUUCCAACGACACCCUGGCCUCCAUAGAUCUGGAUGGCACCAGUGAGCAGGCAGUGCUCAAAGCUACACCUCCACCACUACCUAAAAAGGUUGUUCCUCGCUCCAGUACUGAACCCACCCUGGGAGGCAAAGAGCCCACCCUGAGACCUCGAGCUGAGGCCAAACCUGGGGGCACUAACCUGAGUGUGGCCAACCCCAUCUACGACUUGGACUCCACCUGGGAGACAGCCAGCCAGAGUUCCUCUCUCAGCUCUGAAGCGCAUCGAGCCCAUGACCACGAGAGUGGUGACUCAUUGGAGAGGCCGUCAACUGCCGGCAAGGUUCGCCUGACCAAUACUGUGACCUCCCAGGCCCCCCACUCUACACCUUCUGCCCCCAGCACCACCUCUGGGCAGGAGAAGAAGGUCUUCCCAAGUACAGAGUCUCUGGCAGGGAGGGGUGGUGCCGCAGGGCGUGGUGCUGCUGGAGGAGGUGCCUCCAAACCACAGAGACCUGCUCUUUACAGGGGCUUGGACAGCUGGGACGAGGUGGUGGGGAGGAUCCGGGGGCUCCACACAGAUACCCUACGGAAGCUGGCAUCAAAGUGUGAAGACCGCUUUAUGGCUGGUCAGAAGGAUCACUUGAGAUUUGGAACGGAUAGCUGGUCCCACUUCAGACUGACUACUGGUCAACCCUGCUGUGAGGCAGGAGACGCUGUCUACUACACUGCCUCCUACGCCAAGAACCCACUGGUCAACUAUGCCAUCAAGAUUUGUCGGAGCCAUGUGAAGGACACCCAGCAGCAGUUUUUCCACAGUCUUGCUGUGAGACAAAGCCUGCCUGUGCACUUUAACAUCCAGCAGGACUGUGGACACUUCCUGGCUGAUGUUCCUACCCGGCUGCUGCCCUGGGAAGAAGAGGAGGAUGAGGAAGAAGAGAAACUGGAUGAUAAAGUAGAAGACAUGAAAGCGUCUGCCACAAACAGUAAAGUGGCUGAAGCUGCAGCAGCUAACAUGAACGCAGCGGGCCAUUUGAGGAGCCGAGUCGUGGUCAUCACCCGAGAGGUGCCGUUUCAGACGGUGGCUGACUUUGUGAGAGAAGGUGGAGCUCGACACGCUAACAACCCUGAGCUGUACGAGCGUCAGAUCUGCCUCCUGCUGCUGCAGCUCUGCUCCGGACUGGAGCACAUGAAGCCUUAUCAUGUGACCCACUGUGAUCUGAGGCUGGAGAACCUGCUGCUGGUGCAGUGCCAGCCCGGCAGUCCAUGGAAUCUGGACUUACUGGAGCCCAACAACAACAGCAGCGGCGGCGGCGGCAGCGGCUCGGGUACAUCUGCUGCCACCAGCACCUGCCCCGCCCGCCUCAUCAUCAGCAACUUCUCUCAGGCCAAACAGAAGAGCGGACUGAUGGCCACCAAGCCUGGCACGCUGCGCGAUCAGUCCAGGCUGGCUCCUGAAAUCAUCACAGCUACGCAGUACCGCAAGUGUGAUGAGUUCCAGACGGGGAUUCUCAUUUACGAGAUGCUGCACAGACCCAACCCGUUUGAAGAGACACCAGAGCUGAAGGAGCGCGAGUACACGUGGGCGGACCUGCCGCCGCUGCCCGUGCGCUCGCUCUACUCCCAGGGUCUGCAGCAGCUGGCCAGGUCGCUGCUCACCGUCAACCCCUCUGAGCGCAUCCAGAUGUGGGAGGCCCGCGCCUGCCUGCAGUGCCUCCUCUGGGGCCCCCGGGAGGACCUGUUCCAGGCGCUGGGCUGCAGCAGCACAGGCCCCGUGUCGGCCUCCGCUGCCAGCCAGCGCCAGGCCACGCUGCAGAACUGGCUGGACCUGAAGAGGACUCUGAUGAUGAUCAAGUUUGCAGAGCGCUCUCUGGACUCGGCCUGCAGCGUGAGUCUGGAGGACUGGCUGUGCUGCCAGUACCUGGCGCUGGCCACCACAGACUCCCUGCAGAGGGUGGUCCACAUCCUGCAGCAGCCACAGACCCACACACACACCACCCGCCUGACUCAGUCACAGCCACUCUGAGGUCCUCAGCCUGGACCUGUUACCAUACAACAGACCCAGCUCCCUGUGUGCUCCCUCAGCUGAUGUUUGAGCCAGCUAACAGUCAGCUAACAGUGAGCUAACAGUGAGCUAACAGUGAGCUAACAGUGAGCUAACAGUCAGCUAACAGUGAGCUAACAGUGAGCUAACAGACAGCUAACAGUGAGCUAACAGACAGCUAACAGUGAGCUAACAGACAGCUAACAGUGAGCUAAAAGUAAGCUAACAGAGAGCUAACAGUGAGCUAACAGUGAGCUAACAGUAAGCUAACAGUGAGCUAACAGUAAGCUAACAGUGAGCUAACAGUAAGCUAACAGUGAGCUAACAGUAAGCUAACAGUGAGCUAACAGUGAGCUAACAGUGAGCUAACAGUGAGCUAACAGGGAGCUUUGUUGUUGUAGCAGCUGUAGUGUGUCCUCAUCAGUCCACACAGCCUGACGUCCAGUCCCACAGAAGCUUCAUGGUGGUUAGGUUAGAGCGUCAUUACAGGAGAACAUCCUGAAGCACCGGAGCAGCACCACAUCAGCACCACAUCAGCACCACAUCAGCUCCACAUCAGCACCACAUCAGCACCACAUCAGCUCCACAUCAGCACCACAUCAGCUCCACAUCAGCACCACAUCAGCACCACAUCAGCUCCACAUCAGCACCACAUCAGCACCACAUCAGCUCCACAUCAGCUCCACAUCAGCUCCACAUCAGCACCACAUCAGCUCCACAUCAGCUCCACAUCAGCUCCACAUCAGCUCCACAUCAGCACCACAUCAGCACCACAUCAGCUCCACAUCAGCACCGGAGCAGCCUGUGUCUCUCUGCUCCUCAUCACUGACCUGAUCAUCCUCACACAUCAUGUGGUUUAACUCUCCUACAGCAGCAAACAUGAGAGGAACCACUGUCAGAUGUCAUGUUUUAGCUUCAGUCUCUGGGUUUAUUUAAAGCUGUUUGAAAUAGAAUAAAACUAAAAUAUGUGAGCCAUCACAUCGAAACGACGAUUAAGUCUAAAAGUUGUUUAAGGAGAAAAAGUC